AUGUUGUGGAUCACACUGCAAAGACUUGCGAGAAUGGGAUAUCUGUAUCAAAUAGUAACACUACUUUCUUUAAUUGCACCUUCGAUGCAAGAUUUCCUGAAGCAGGUUCAGGGGAAGCUGCUCAAUUGUUAUCCAAGAUUGAUCACAAAGCCAACUCUGUCCAAUCCACCUCUGAAAAAUCUAGAGAACAUUCAUCAGAAUAUUGAAAUACACGAAAUUGACGAACCUGAAGCAUUCGAUUCAAUUGUUGUCGGCAAGGAACCCAGUUAUGAAGGCGGUAAGUGUUUAUUGGAGUCAGUAUCCACAGUUCUUGUGAAUAAAGAGCCCGUGUCUGAAGGUGAGGUGGUUCUUAUAGAACAGGUAGAUAAAGGUAGUGCAAUUGAUUGCAACCCAAGUUCUGAGGAUAGAACUACUACGAAACAAGGAAAACUGACAAGGAAUUUCCUGAAGAACAUUGCUAGUCAGUUGACUCGAGUAUUCAUGGUAGACUGA